AUGAAGUCUGUACAGCCCACUAUUUCGCUAGCUCUUUUCGGACUCGCCGUGGGCUUGGCGGUGAAACCUAUUGGUGACGAACCCACACCAGUUCCAUUCUACACCGUGGAUCUGGAUCAGCCAGAAGAGAAACGAUGGGACCAUAUCAUAAAAGAGUAUGCAGAAGACGUCAAAUAUGUUCAAAAAAUUAUGAGAUUCAAGGGCGGUUCGCGUUUCGGACGGGCGUGCACCAGCAUCGUGUCCGAGGACGUCAACGGACAAAUCUGGCACGCAAGAAACAUGGACUACGGAUUUUCUGACAAGGUUCGAAAUGUCACCAUUGGAGUGCACUUCCAAACAGGAGGCUUGACUAUGUAUUCAGCCAUCACGUUUGUAGGAUACGUUGGUGUGUUAACUGGCCAGAAACCUCACGGUUAUACAAUAACAGUGGAUCAAAGAGAUCAGGGUAAUUGGUGGAUGAAUCUUUUGAUUGGUUUGUUGGACCAUAAUGCAUUGCCAGUCAGCCUGCUUGUUAGAGACACAUUGGCCUAUUUCAAAGACUUCGAAAGUGCUAUUGAAAACUUGGCCCAGACCGACACCGUCGCGCCCGCGUACUUCAUCAUUGGCGGUGUCCAUCAACAUCAGGGGGUCGUCGUCACCAAGUCACGGAUAGGAGCAGACGAUUUCUGGUACAUUGGCGCCGAAAAGAAUUACUCAAAUUGGUUUUUGGUUGAGACAAAUUAUGACCACUGGGAACCUGCACCAACAUCAGAUGACAGAAGACAUGCUGCAAUAAAGGCAAUGAUGGUGAUGGGAAGGCAGCAGAUCUCCGUUCAGAACUUAUUCAAUGUGAUUUCCACACCACUGGUGAAAAACAAGAAGACAAUUUACAGUGUAGUGAUGUCAGCAGCUCAGCCAAGUUUAAUGAAAGCCUGGGUGCGAUACCCAGAAUAAAACUCGUCCAGUGGAAUGAAUACCAUUUGUCGUGGAUUUUACGGCU